GCAGAAGGUCGAACAACAUCCUAACAACAUCUCCUGCGUUCUGUGUGAUCUAAGAUGGCCCAGUACUUACGGAGCGUUGUCCGGCCGGCAGAGAGACUGCUAAAGCCGUUACAGUUCCCCCACAAGCUGCUCAUGGGACCAGGACCGUCGAAUUGCCCUCCCAGAGUACUAGCUGCUCAGGCGCUGCCGCUGCUGGGUCACCUUCACGCGGAGUUCUGUUCGGUGAUGGACGACGUGAAGGCGGGAGCGCGCUACGCGUUCCAGACUGCCAACGCCGUCACGCUGGCCGUCAGCGGCACCGGCCACGCGGCCAUGGAGGCGGCCAUUUGCAACAUCGUCGAGCCGGGGGACGUCGUACUCAUCGCCAAGAACGGCCACUGGGGGGCGCGCGCGGCAGACAUGGCGGCGCGGCACGGCGCCGACGUCCGCACCAUCGUGGUGCCCCCUGGCGAGGUGUUCACGCUCGCCAACAUCGCCGCCGCCAUGGCGGAGCACGCGCCGUCUCUGACGUUCGUCUGUCACGGUGAGUCGUCGGCGGGGACGAUGCAGCCACUAGAGGGCGUCGGCGAGCUGUGUCGCGCGCGAGACUGCCUCCUCCUCGUCGACACGGUCGCCUCGCUAGGUGGCGCUCCGUUCUUCGCCGACGCUCUCGGCAUCGACGUCGUCUACACGGGCGCGCAGAAGGUGAUCGGGGCGCCCCCUGGCGUUUCGCCGAUCUCGUUCUCGGAGCGCGCGAUGGCGCGCGUCGCCGCGCGCGCCACCAGGGUGCGCUCCUACUACUUCGAUGUCGUGGAACUGGCGAACUACUGGGGGUGUGACGCGGGGCCACGUCGCUACCACCACACCGCCCCGAUCUCCAGCAUGUACGCGCUGAGGGAGGGACUCUCCAUGCUCGCGGAGGAAACCCUGGAGGUGUGCUGGGAGAGGCACCUCCGCUGCGCCCGCCUCCUGUGGCGCGGGAUCGAGGAUCUUGGACUGAAGCUGCUCGUCGAGAACGAGGAUGCUCGGUUGCCGACGGUAACGGCUGUCGUCGUGCCGGACGGGGUGGCGUGGAAGCGCGUCGUGGAGCACUGCAUGAGCAAGCACGCGGUGGAGAUCAGUGGGGGGCUGGGUCCGACCGCUGGCAAGGUGUGGCGUAUCGGCCUGAUGGGGUACAACGCUACCGAGGAGAACGUGAGGAGAGUGCUGAAGGUGCUGCAGGAAGCCAUCACCGCGUGCAAGAUGUGAGAGA